AUGAUCACGCUUCCUCUGAAGCGCGUCCAUCAAUCCCGCAGUGACCUGCAUCCACAAGUAUUUUUGCAGCAGCACAUCAACCGUAGCUUGAAGCGAUAUGCUCGCAUGACCGGCAGUGCACAACCGAGCAAACGCCAACUUGAAACCAAGCUGCAUCGGCGUGUCUAUGCUUCCAAACCCGGUUUGCUGGAGCGCAAGCGUAGCAAGCGCCACGGACGCCUUGGCCUUGCUGAUGCUCGAAAAAUCAAGGAUACAGCUACUGCGUCUGCGUCUGCCACCGCAGCUUCUGGUGCCGAAGGGUUAACAACUGCUGAGGGAAUUCCGGAGGUCGAUGUAGAAGCUGCUGCAAGUGGCGGACUAACGCUCGCCAACGCCCCCACGGCCAGCAACUCUCUUGGCUUGGAUAUCGAGUCGAACGACGUAGGAUACGUUGCAACCGUUCAGAUUGGAACACCUGCCACAGACUUCAAGUUCCUAAUGGACUCGGGCUCUGCUGACAUGUGGGUCGGCUCUGCUGAGAACUGUACAACGGAGGGCACGACUGAAGGAUGCGGCGACCACCAGUUCCUUGGCUCGUCAACUUCGUCCAGCUUCGUCGAGAUUGGUAACCCGUUCGAAGUGACGUACGGUACCGGCCAGGUGGAGGGCGUCACUGUCUCGGACAAUGUCAACAUUGGCGGCCUCGCGUUGAACAACCAUACAUUCGGUGUUGCCAACGUCGAAAGUAGCGAUUUCUCCUCCGACAGCAUUCCUUUCGAUGGCUUGAUGGGCCUUGCACAAUCUGGUAUUUCCGAGGAGGGUGUCCCUACCCCUGUAGAGGCCCUCGCUUCCGCCGGCCUCAUCAGCGAUGCGAUCGCCUCCUUCAAAAUCUCCCGGCUUGCCGACCAGCUGAACGAUGGUGAGAUCACAUUCGGCGGGCUCGAUUCGAGCAAGUUCGACUCAAACACGCUUGUCACGUUUGACAAUGUAAAUACCGAGGGCUUCUGGGAGGGCGACAUGACCGCAGUUACGUCUAACGGCCAGGAUCUAGGGCUCACCGGACGAACUGCCAUCCUCGACACCGGCACCACGCUGAUCGUCGCGCCCCCCAAUGAUGCGGAUGCGGUUCAUGCAACGAUCCCGGGCGCGGCGUCCGACGGGCAAGGCGGGUUCACCAUCCCGUGCACGACGAACACGAGCGUUGCGCUGACGUUCGGCGGGCGCGCAUUCGCGAUCAACCCGCUGGACCUCGUGUUCGCGCCGGUGAAUGCAGACGAUCUGACGGGCGAUUGUGUAUCCGGCAUCUCCUCAGGGGAGAUCGACGGGGCGACGACUUGGCUGGUCGGCGACGUGUUCCUCAAGAAUGCAUACUUAUCUGUCAAUCAAAACACGAACGAGAUCUCGCUUGCGGAACUUGCACAGGACGGCUAA